AUGGGGAGACUGGGGAGCCAGCCUCAGGAGAUGACAGAAGCUGCUCAGGCCCUGGGGGCAGGAGAUCGAGAGGACCAGUCCAUCCUAUGCACAGGCGAGUCUGGAGCCGGGAAAACGGAGAACACCAAGAAAGUCAUCCAGUACCUGGCCGUGGUGGCCUCCUCCCACAAGGGCAAGAAGGACACAAGCAUCACGCAAGGCCCAUCUCUUGCCUACGGAGAGCUGGAAAAGCAGCUUCUGCAAGCAAACCCGAUCCUGGAGGCUUUUGGCAACGCCAAAACAGUGAAGAACGACAACUCCUCGCGAUUCGGCAAAUUCAUCCGCAUCAACUUCGACGUCACCGGUUACAUCGUGGGAGCCAACAUUGAGACGUAUCUGCUAGAAAAGUCGCGGGCUAUUCGCCAAGCCAAGGACGAGAGGACGUUCCACAUCUUUUACUAUAUGAUUGCCGGAGCCAAGGAGAAGAUGAAAAGUGACUUGCUUUUGGAGGGCUUCAGCAACUACACGUUCCUCUCCAAUGGCUAUGUGCCCAUCCCAGCUGCCCAGGACGAUGAGAUGUUCCAGGAAACCCUGGAGGCCAUGGGCAUCAUGGGCUUCAAUGAAGACGAGCAGCUGUCCAUCCUGAAGGUGGUGUCAUCCGUCCUGCAGCUGGGCAAUAUCGUCUUCAAGAAGGAGAGGAACACGGACCAGGCGUCCAUGCCGGACAACACAGCUGCUCAGAAAGUUUGUCACCUCAUGGGAAUUAAUGUGACGGAUUUCACCAGAGCCAUCCUCACCCCACGUAUAAAAGUCGGGCGUGAUGUGGUACAGAAAGCUCAGACAAAAGAACAGGCAGACUUUGCCAUGGAGGCUCUGGCCAAGGCCACGUAUGAGCGCCUUUUCCGCUGGAUACUCAGCCGUGUGAACAAAGCCCUGGACAAGACCCACCGGCAAGGGGCUUCGUUCCUGGGAAUCCUGGACAUUGCUGGAUUUGAGAUCUUUGAGGUGAACUCCUUCGAGCAGCUGUGCAUCAACUACACCAACGAGAAGCUGCAGCAGCUCUUCAACCACACCAUGUUCAUCCUGGAGCAGGAGGAGUACCAGCGCGAGGGCAUCGAGUGGAACUUCAUCGACUUCGGGCUCGACCUGCAGCCCUGCAUCGAGCUCAUCGAGCGGCCGAACAACCCUCCAGGCGUGCUCGCCCUGCUGGACGAGGAGUGCUGGUUCCCCAAAGCCACAGACAAGUCCUUCGUGGAGAAGCUGUGCUCAGAGCAGGGCAACCACCCUAAGUUCCAGAAGCCCAAGCAGCUCAAGGACAAAACCGAGUUCUCCAUCAUCCACUAUGCUGGGAAGGUGGACUACAAUGCGACUGCCUGGCUGACCAAGAACAUGGACCCGCUGAAUGACAAUGUGACUGCCCUCCUCAACGCCUCUUCAGACAAGUUUGUGGCCGACCUGUGGAAGGACGUGGACCGUAUCGUGGGGCUGGACCAGAUGGCCAAGAUGACGGAGAGCUCGCUGCCCAGCGCCUCCAAGACCAAGAAGGGCAUGUUCCGCACGGUGGGGCAGCUGUACAAGGAGCAGCUGGGGAAGCUGAUGACCACGCUGCGCAACACCACGCCCAACUUCGUGCGCUGCAUCAUCCCCAACCACGAGAAGAGGUCCGGCAAGCUGGAUGCCUUUCUGGUGCUGGAGCAGCUGCGGUGCAACGGGGUGCUAGAAGGCAUCCGCAUCUGCCGCCAGGGCUUCCCCAACAGGAUCGUCUUCCAGGAGUUCCGCCAACGCUACGAGAUCCUGGCCGCGAAUGCCAUUCCCAAAGGCUUCAUGGACGGGAAGCAGGCCUGCAUCCUCAUGAUCAAAGCCCUAGAACUCGACCCCAACUUGUACAGGAUCGGGCAGAGCAAAAUCUUCUUCAGAACCGGGGUCCUGGCCCACCUGGAAGAGGAGCGAGACUUGAAGAUCACCGACGUCAUCAUGGCUUUCCAGGCCAUGUGUCGCGGCUACCUGGCCAGAAAGGCCUUUGCCAAGAGGCAGCAGCAGCUGACAGCCAUGAAGGUGAUUCAGAGGAACUGUGCCGCCUACCUCAAGCUGCGCAACUGGCAGUGGUGGAGGCUCUUCACCAAGGUGAAGCCCCUGCUGCAGGUGACGCGGCAGGAGGAGGAGAUGCAGGCCAAGGAGGAUGAGCUGCAGAAGACCAAGGAGCGGCAGCAGAAGGCAGAGAGCGAGCUCAAGGAGCUGGAGCAGAAGCACUCGCAGCUGGCCGAGGAGAAGAACCUGCUGCAGGAGCAGCUGCAGGCGGAGACGGAGCUGUACGCUGAGGCCGAGGAGAUGCGGGUCCGGCUGGCGGCCAAGAAGCAGGAGCUGGAGGAGAUCCUGCAUGAGAUGGAGGCCCGCCUGGAGGAGGAGGAAGACCGGGGCCAGCAGCUGCAGGCAGAGAGGAAGAAGAUGGCCCAGCAGAUGCUGGACCUGGAGGAACAGCUGGAGGAGGAGGAAGCUGCGAGGCAGAAGCUGCAACUUGAAAAGGUCACGGCCGAGGCCAAGAUCAAGAAACUGGAGGAUGACAUCCUGGUCAUGGAUGAUCAGAACAACAAACUGUCAAAAGAGCGAAAACUCCUUGAAGAGAGGAUUAGUGACUUAACGACGAAUCUUGCAGAAGAGGAAGAAAAGGCCAAGAACCUCACCAAGCUGAAAAAUAAGCACGAAUCUAUGAUUUCAGAACUGGAAGUGCGGCUGAAGAAGGAGGAGAAGAACCGGCAGGAGCUGGAGAAGCUGAAACGGAAGCUGGAGGGAGAGGCCAGCGAUUUCCACGAGCAGAUCGCAGACCUGCAGGCGCAGAUUGCGGAGCUCAAGAUGCAGCUGGCCAAGAAGGAGGAGGAGCUGCAGGCGGCCCUGGCCAGGCUCGACGAUGAAAUUGCUCAGAAGAAUAACGCCCUCAAGAAGAUCCGGGAGCUGGAGGGUCUCAUCUCAGACCUGCAGGAGGACCUGGACUCAGAACGGGCCGCGAGGAACAAGGCUGAGAAGCAGAAGCGAGACCUGGGGGAGGAGCUGGAGGCGCUGAAGACGGAGCUGGAGGACACGCUGGACAGCACGGCCACCCAGCAGGAGCUCCGGGCCAAGAGGGAGCAGGAGGUGACGGUGCUAAAGAAGGCCCUGGACGAGGAGACGCGAUCCCACGAGGCCCAGGUCCAGGAGAUGAGGCAGAAGCACACGCAGGCGGUGGAGGAGCUCACGGAGCAGCUCGAGCAGUUCAAGAGGGCCAAGGCCAACCUGGACAAGAACAAGCAGACGCUGGAGAAGGAGAACGCAGACCUGGCAGGCGAGCUGCGGGUCCUGAACCAGGCCAAGCAGGAGGUGGAGCACAAGAAGAAGAAGCUGGAGGUGCAGCUGCAGGAACUGCAGUCCAAGUGCAGCGACGGGGAGCGGGCCCGCGCCGAGCUCAACGACAAGGUCCACAAGCUGCAGAAUGAAGUGGAGAGUGUCACAGGGAUGCUCAACGAGGCGGAAGGGAAGGCCAUCAAACUGGCCAAGGACGUGGCCUCCCUGGGGUCCCAGCUCCAGGACACCCAGGAGCUGCUUCAAGAAGAAACCCGGCAGAAGCUCAACGUGUCCACCAAGCUGCGCCAGCUGGAGGAUGAGAGGAACAGCCUGCAGGAGCAGCUGGAUGAGGAGAUAGAGGCCAAGCAGAACCUGGAGCGCCACAUCUCAACUCUGAACAUCCAGCUCUCCGAUUCGAAGAAGAAGCUGCAGGACUUUGCCAGCACCGUGGAGGCCCUGGAAGAAGGCAAGAAGAGGUUCCAGAAGGAAAUCGAAGGCCUCACCCAGCAGUACGAAGAGAAGGCAGCUGCUUAUGACAAACUGGAAAAGACCAAGAACAGGCUUCAGCAGGAGCUGGACGACCUGGUUGUCGAUUUGGACAACCAGCGGCAACUGGUGUCCAACCUGGAAAAGAAGCAGAAGAAGUUUGAUCAGUUGUUGGCCGAGGAGAAAAACAUCUCUUCCAAAUAUGCAGACGAAAGGGACAGAGCGGAGGCGGAAGCCAGGGAAAAGGAAACCAAGGCCUUGUCCCUGGCGCGGGCCCUUGAGGAGGCCUUGGAAGCCAAAGAGGAACUCGAGAGGACCAACAAAAUGCUCAAAGCCGAGAUGGAGGACCUGGUUAGCUCCAAGGACGAUGUAGGCAAGAACGUCCAUGAGCUGGAGAAGUCCAAGCGAGCCCUGGAAACCCAGAUGGAGGAGAUGAAGACACAGCUGGAAGAGCUGGAGGAUGAGCUGCAGGCAACGGAAGAUGCCAAACUGCGGCUCGAGGUCAACAUGCAGGCCCUCAAGGGCCAGUUUGAGCGCGAUCUCCAGGCCCGGGAUGAGCAGAAUGAAGAGAAAAGGCGGCAACUCCAGAGGCAGCUCCAUGAGUAUGAGACGGAACUGGAAGACGAGCGAAAGCAACGUGCCCUGGCCGCUGCUGCCAAGAAGAAGCUGGAAGGGGACCUGAAAGACCUGGAGCUGCAGGCUGACUCAGCCAUCAAGGGGAGGGAGGAAGCCAUCAAGCAGCUGCGCAAACUGCAGGCUCAGAUGAAGGACUUCCAGAGAGAGCUGGACGACGCCCGUGCCUCCAGAGAAGAAAUCUUUGCCACGGCCAAGGAGAAUGAAAAGAAAGCCAAGAGCUUAGAAGCAGACCUCAUGCAGCUACAGGAGGAUCUAGCCGCAGCUGAGAGGGCUCGCAAACAGGCAGACCUGGAGAAGGAGGAACUGGCCGAGGAGCUGGCCAGCAGUGUGUCAGGAAGGAACACGCUUCAGGAUGAGAAGCGCCGCCUGGAGGCCCGGAUCGCGCAGCUGGAGGAGGAGCUGGAGGAAGAACAAGGCAACAUGGAGGCCAUGAGUGACCGUGUCCGAAAGGCCACACAACAGGCCGAGCAGCUCAACAAUGAGCUGGCCACGGAGCGCAGCGCAGCCCAGAAGAACGAGAGCGCAAGGCAGCAGCUAGAGCGGCAGAACAAAGAGCUCCGGAGCAAGCUCCAGGAGAUGGAGGGGGCAGUCAAGUCCAAGUUCAAGUCCACCAUUGCAUCCCUGGAGGCCAAGAUCGCACAGCUGGAGGAGCAGGUGGAGCAGGAGGCCAGAGAGAAACUGGCGGCUGCCAAGUCACUGAAGCAGAAGGACAAGAAGCUGAAGGAGGUCCUGCUGCAGGUGGAGGACGAGCGCAAGGCGGCUGAGCAGUACAAGGAGCAGGCAGAGAAAGGAAAUGUGAAGGUGAAACAACUCAAGAGGCAGCUGGAGGAGGCGGAAGAGGAGUCCCAGCGCAUCAACGCCAACCGCAGGAAGCUGCAGCGGGAGCUGGACGAGGCCACGGAGAGCAACGAGGCCAUGGGCCGCGAGAUGACCGCGCUCAAGAGCAAGCUCAGGCGAGGAAACGAGACCUCUUUUGUUCCCUCUAGAAGGUCUGGAGGACGUCGAGUUAUUGAAAACGCGGAUGGUUCAGAUGAGGAAAUGGAUGCUCGUGAUGCAGACUUCAACGGAACCAAAGCCAGUGAAUAGACAAACUUGCUGAAAACAAAAACAACACCCAGUGGACUCUGCUUAGCAUUGUCCAAAUCCAUUUUCAAAUUCCAAACCUCACAAACACCCCUCACAAUGAACAUAACACCUCCCUGUGCUCAGGGCAUCAAUUUAAGUUUUGAAUCGUGUACCAAAUGAGGAAAACCAACAGGAGACACAGACACACCCACUCCCCCUCUAUCAAGGAACUGUGCAGAGGUUUUGAGUUUUUAGAUAAAUAGAUCCACAGUAACUUAAUCACUGGCAACUUAGUUUACAUAAAAUGGGGAGAAAGUCACCAAAAUGGGUGCCACUGCCCCUCCCACUCCCAAGUCAUUCCCUGCCCUGUGUACCCUUCCAACAUCGUGAGUAGGACCUGGUUUGAAAAUUCUCCCCCGUCCUGGUUACCACACCUCAGAUGCACACAGUUCACCGAGACCAAGUGCCUUCCGUAGUCACCUGAAUUAAAAAGGAGACACUGCUCGACUGGACAAGAGCAGGAAUGUGACACUGUUUUAUAUGCACCCCGACUGUAUUUAAGGACACCCUCACGAAUAAAUAAAAAGGAUUAAAUCACUG